GCGCCAUCGAUCUCCUGGUUGGUCAGGUGGCUGGGUGUCGCCGCUUAUCGCGGAACGUUUUAUUCCGUUCGCAAAUGCCUCUCAGCGCGAUUAUCUCAUAAAGCAGGCUGUCGGUUGUACAGGUGCUACGGGAAGUGGUCACAACGCAAGCAGGACCUCUGCAGCCCAUCUUCAGGGAUCGGCAGAUCCUUUUGAUGUUCGAAACGCAAAAGACGAAGAAAA